AGACAAACCAGGAAACAGUUUGUUAUUCUUCCUCACUAAAGAGAGUCACACAGACUGAAAACCAGACAAUCAGAUUCACCUUCAGAACAAACUAACAACUUCAUCUGAGUGAGUUCAUCUACAGGAGAGAAAAGUGGAAAACUACAACACUGCUGCUUCAACCUGCUGACGCUCCACACACUGAAGCUUCACUCAGAGACUAAAUGGCUUCAAGAUUAGAGGAGGAUCUCUGCUGUCCGGUCUGUCACGACGUCUUUAGAGAUCCUGUUCUUCUGCCAUGUAGCCACAGCUUCUGUAAAGACUGUCUGAAGAGCUGGUGGAGAGAGAAACAGACACGCGAGUGUCCAGUUUGUAAGAGAAGAUCAUCAAUGGACCCACCUUAUAACCUGGCCUUAAAGAACCUGUGUGAGUCCUUCUUACAGGAGAGAGAUCAGAGAGCUUCAGAGGCUCUCUGCAGUCUGCACUCUGAGAAACUCAAACUCUUCUGUCUGGACCAUCAGCAGCCAGUGUGUCUCGUCUGCAGAGAUUCAGAAAAACACACCAACCACAGAUUCAGACCCAUCGAUGAAGCUGCACGACAACACAAGAAGGAACUUCAGGAAACUCUGGAGACCUUAAAGGAGAAGUUAAAGGUUUUUGAACAAGUUAAAGUGAAGUCUGAUCAAACAGCAGAACACAUGAAGGUCCAGGCCCGGAGCACAGAGAGGAAGAUUAAGGAGCAGUUUAAGAAGCUUCACCAGUUUCUAGAAGAGGAAGAGGAGGCCAGGAUCUCUGCUCUGAGGGAGGAAGAGGAGCAGAAGAGCCAGAUGAUGAAGGAGAAGAUGGAGGCUCUGAGCAGAGAGAUAGCAGCUCUUUCAGACACAUUCAGAGCCACAGAGGAGGAGCUGAGAGUUGAAGGUGUCUCAUUCCUGCACAACUACAAGGCUGCAGUGGAAAGAGUCCAGCAGCGCCCCCUGCUGGAGGAUCCACAGCUGCCCUCAGGAGCUUUGAUAGUCGAGGCCAAACACCUGGGCAACCUGACCUUCAACAUCUGGAACAAGAUGAAGGAGAUGGUCUCCUACACUCCUCUGAUUCUGGAUCCAAACACUGCUGGUCCAAAACUCAUCCUGUCUGAAGAUCUGACCAGUGUGAGAGGAGGAGAGGAACAGCAGCUUCCUGAUAAUCCAGAGAGGUUUGGUAAACUCUGCUCUGUCCUGGGCUCUGAGGGCUUUAACUCUGGGACUCACAGCUGGGAUGCCGAGGUUGGAGACAGUACAUUCUGGUUUCUGGGUGUGUCAGCAGAGUCUGUCCAGAGGAAGGGACCCAUACAGUCUGGAUUUUGGGCAAUAUGGUUCAAUGAAGGUAAAUACUCAGCAGAGUCACCACCAGCUCCAGCCACUGAUCUCAGAGUCCAGAAGAAGCUCCAGAGGAUCAGAGUGAAUCUGGACUGGAACAGAGGAAAGCUGUCGUUCUCUGAUCCUGAUACUAACACACACAUACACACCUUCAAACACACUUUCACUGAGAAGCUGUUUCCAUUUAUUAACACUGAUGAGAAACUGAAUAUAUUACCACUGAAGGUCUGUGUGACAGUGGAACAGAGCAGUUAAAGAUAAAGAGCAUGAUCAUAUUUAUAUUAAUGAUGUUUAUUUCUUAAGGGGGAAACUCUCUGAAUUUAAGCUGCACCUGUCCUCCUGCUGACUCAUUAUUCCAAAGAUAUAUUUAUUUUUGUUUCAGGUAUUGUUUUAUUAUGUUUUUAUUUUAUUUUUAUUAUUUAGUUUGACAAUCUGCUUUUUGUUUCUGUUGUCGACCUUUAUUACAUUACAUUACAUUAAU